UAGAGGGCGGCGCACGGUCCCGGGUGCUCGGUCCCCGACCCCCCGGCAUUUUAUCAAGCCGGCAGGACCCUCUGCUCUAGGUUCCCGGCGCGUCUUGCCUGGGGCGGUGGCUCGAGGCACCUGCCAGGGACCCAGGAGUAGGGGCUGUCGGAAGUUGCCUGCCUCUGCCUGGGAGCUCGCACUUUGCUGGACGGGCGCGUCACCAGUGGGUGAAGCUCCCCCAGACUGCGGGGACAGCCGGAUGCCUGGUUCCCAGCUCUCCUACCUUCUCUGCCUCCCCUCCGGCCAGCUCCCAGGCAGCCUGCCCUGCCUCUCCUAACUAGCCAACAGCGCGAUCCAGAGCAGACUGGGCAUGGACCCUCAUUAACAUCUCAGGGACACGCUAUUAAACAGCUGGCACUCCCAGUGCUUAACCUGGGUCAACCUCAGUUUUCUGACAAAUGGAUUUAAUGCAAUUGUCAUAGGGUUGGAGUAACUGACGCGGUAGGUCCGGAGCGCUGGCUGCAUGGUGUCUAGCACAGCGUAGGAGCCUCCGUGGGAGCAGUAACUGUUACUGGAAAGCUGUAGGAAUAGCUGCAUUGGGGCCUUCUUUUCUUCAGCGGCUGAACUGGUGGACAAUUCCUCUAUCAUUUAGCAAAGCUGAAUGAAAAUGCAGCUCUUGGCAUUGGUGGCCUCUCUGGUCCUCGGGACCCUCCAUUCCGAGGGGGUCCAUUGGUCUGUGGAUCCUGAAACAAACAUGAAUGUGAGUGAGAUUAUCUCCUACUGGGGAUACCCUGUUGAGGAAUACUUAGUUGAGACAGAAGAUGGAUAUAUUCUGUGCCUUCACCGAAUUCCUCAUGGGAGGAAGAACUCUUCUGACAGAGGUCCCAAACAAGUUGCCUUCCUGCAGCAUGGCUUGCUGGCAGACGCCAGCAACUGGGUGACAAAUCUGGCCAACAGCAGCCUGGGCUUCAUUCUGGCCGACGCUGGUUUUGACGUGUGGAUGGGCAAUAGCAGGGGAAACACCUGGUCUCGGAAACACAAGACUCUGUCAGUCUCCCAGGACGAAUUCUGGGCUUUCAGUUAUGAUGAGAUGGCAAAAUAUGACCUACCAGCUUCCAUUAACUUUGUUCUGAAUAAAACUGGCCAACAGGAACUGUAUUAUGUGGGUCAUUCUCAAGGCACCACAAUAGGUUUUAUAGCAUUUUCACAGAUUCCUGAGCUGGCCAAAAAAGUUAAAAUGUUUUUUGCCCUGGCUCCCGUGGCUUCAAUUCAGUUCUCUACUAGCCCCAUGACCAAACUGAAAGGAAUACCAGAUCUUUUCUUUAAGGACUUAUUUGGGGACAAAGAAUUUCUCCCCCAGAGUGCCUUUCUGAAGUGGAUGAGUACCCAUGUUUGCACUCACGUCAUUCUGAAGGAGCUCUGUGGAAAUGUCUUCUUCCUUCUAUGUGGAUUUAAUGAGAGAAAUUUAAAUAUGUCUAGAGUCGAUGUGUAUACAUCACACUGUCCUGCUGGAACUUCUGUGCAAAACAUGUUACACUGGCACCAGGCUACUAAAUGCCAAAAGUUUCAAGCUUUUGACUGGGGAAGCAGUGCCAAGAAUUAUUUUCAUUACAACCAGAGUUACCCUCCCAUGUACCACGUGAAAGACAUGCUGGUGCCGACCGCUGUCUGGAGUGGGGGUCAGGACUGGCUCGCAGACGACAAGGACAUCAAUGUCUUACUGACUCAGAUCACCAACUUGGUUUACCACAAGCGCAUUCCUGAGUGGGAACAUCUGGACUUUAUCUGGGGCAUGGACGCCCCCUGGCGGCUGUAUAAGGAAAUUAUUAACCUAAUGAAGAAGCUCCAGUGAAAGCCAUUGUUGAGAAAUGUACCCUCGAGUUAGUGAUUUAAGACAUGUGAAAAUGUGUUUGCUUAAUUCCUGUAAAACACUUGUCUUCCCUUUAUUUUUUGUGUUUUUGUAUUCAAGAAAAUUAUGACUUUGAAGAUACUUAACUCUCUCUAAUUAGGAUUAGAAACACACUGUCUCUUAGAAAUAUCACUGAUGUGUAGUGUAAGCAGGUAGUUAUAACAUUCUGUUUAUCUUUGCAAUUUACAAGUACCAUGUUGCCUUCUCACACCUACGCAGGACAAAGGAACAGGAGUUGGAAUGUCUCAGUGGUGUUCGUUGGUAAAUAAUCUGCCACUGACUUGAACUCAGUAUAAAAGUACCCAUUUCUCAUCUCCUUGCCUUAAAUGGUUCUAGUCUCAUGGUCUUAAAUUUAGGGACCUGACACUUGCUCAUGUUUACAGGCAGUGGGUGUGUGGUCAAAUCCAGUGGUUUCGCUGGUGUGACAGAAAGAUUCCAUAAUGGAUUUCAGUCCACCUACCUGUGAUAAUGGUUAUGUAGCAAACAUGCGAAUUGCUCAGACCAAGCAAAAGAAUUUGCUAGAGUCUUCAAAAACAAAUUGCACAGAUUAAAAAAUAAAUAAAUACAAACCCAAACUAUGUUUUAAAUAGCUUGAAGAGUGAAACCCCCCAACUGUGUAUAUUCAUGAGCUCUCAAUUGUGUGGCAGGCCCGAGUUCUGUUCAUUAGAGGAAAAAAAGGGCUGUGGAGAGACUAUACCACUGUUUUUCUGGAAAUUACUGUAUUUUCUGAACCAGCUGCUGUAGCUCAGUGAUGACCUCUGUAUGAAGCCAAAGCCCUGUAGUUGCCCCUGAGUGUCGUUUUCACUAAAAUAAAGUAGGAGCGUGAAUGUUUUCAUAUUAAAGUUCAGCUCAGGGAUUUAUUUUGUUUUGUCGUUUGAUAUGUCCAUAUUUUUGAUACACCUACUUUGCGUCCCUAUGGCAGGAGCCUGUAUUCAUCUGCUUUUCUCAUUUCACUAUAAUACUAGACAAAAUGGUAAUUGAUAUGUUUUUCUAAUAUAGGUUCCUCCGGUAGCAGUACUUAACUGACUAAUAUAUGAAGCCGAAUAUUACUAAUGAUACUUUUUGACAUUUAAAGGAUCUUAUUUAAACUUUUCAAUAAAACUCGGUGAGCCUUAUAGGCCUGAGGUA